UUCUACGACAACAAAAGACUUCCAACAACAACAGAAAAUGAACGCACUCGGUCAAUACUUGAGCCUCGCCACGAUCAUUACCGAGCGCAAAGUAAAACUGAACGAUCAGCAAUCAACGCAUAUUCCACAUGCAAAAAUAAACCAUACAUCUCUCAACCUGUGCAAACCCUUUUACGCUGUUGACCGAGCCGAGCGUUUCAUGCCUCGCUUAUUUAUGUUCCAUCCGUUGCGCUUUUUACCCUCCGCACCACCGAUCGGAUACGAUCACGUAAAAUGCCUUCGGUCCACGUUGUCACCACAUCUGCGCAGAGCUCCGGUCACCAUCGGGAAGGUGAAAAUGGUAAAAAGUGUCCACCCAGCGGUGCAAUUACUGUUUGCCUACGGCAAAUCGAUAAAUCAAUCCUUCCGCCCGGACCCUCACGCCCAGCUUUUCUCUUUGCUUGGAGGCGAGUUGGGUCAGGUGCGUCUAGGGUUCGGACGAAAAACCACCACCUCUCACAUCGUUAUCGCCAUUCGCUAGUUAAAGAUCGCGUUCUAGACACUAUGUCCCGCAUCGUAUCAUUCAUCAGCCCUGUUCCGCUGUUCUUGUUGCUCUCGCUGGCCACACUACGCGGUGACCCGUUUGUUGCGCUGCGUACAUCCACCACCAAUCGGACGCUGCUCUGCUGGGCCAUAAAACUGUCCCCGACGGCGUACGUCACCGAUGCGGAGUGUGUCCGGUCCCAUCGAAAGCACCAAAUUGUGAUGAUUUAUGGUGACAUUGCACCGAACCGGACCGUACAGGAGCGCUUGGGUCGAAAGGUGGCUGGCUUGCGGCAACCGGCCUGUCGCUAUCGGGUGCCUUCGCUGGUGCUGGUCGGUGCCCCGGACGACAGCGAGCGAUCCGUGCUGAAUCGAACGGUACGCAACUUUAUCGCAUCCUACGGUAUGGUGCAAUGCGAGCAACAACAACAGACCUGCCGGGAGUGUCGAGUGCUGGCAAUACGACGAAACCUUCCCUGUCCGGUCACACCCGGCACGAUGGCCGUGGUGUACAGCGACUGUCUUAAGCAGCUGGACGCCAUCGAGAUCGAACACGCUGCCAAGGUUACGUCGCAGUGGGACACUUGGGCCUGGACGUUACGGCGAAAGCUCAAAGCAACACUGUACACCGAUCUGGAACGGAUGGGCCGGGCGCGGAUGGAGAUGCUCAACUUUAUGACCGCAGCAAGACGCUGAACUGGUCAACUGGUCAGCGAACGAGUCGUUCGCAUAAAAUGUUGCAGCACGGUCGUAAAAGCUUUAGUCGUUUAAAGUGCAGUCCGGUGCCGAUGUGGACGUGCUUGGUUUGUGUCCUAGAACAGGUGGCGGUACUACUUCUGUACCCUUUCCCGCCACGAGUGGAGAAGCAUUUUAUGGGAUCAAAUGCUGAGUAAAUUCUCACAACAGUUGCAUAUUGAUUGCUCGCCACUCGACUCGAUACGUGGGCUGCAAUAAAACAAAUACUGUAGAUGCAUGCGAUAAUGAGGCGACAGAAUUAUUUUAUUGGUCUACUAUUGAAACAGCUUGCAGGUGAAAUAGUUCUUUUUACUGUUUCUAGAUCAGGGGUGCACAACUGGUAAUAUCUACUGUUUCUUCGCCCGCUAAUGUUUGAUAUUUCGAAAGCUCUUUAAAUUUUAGAAUACAAAUGUUCAACCACGAUGAUUCAACCACGCUAAUUUUAUUUUUUUUCCUUGUAGUAUACACUAAUUGUCCUUGAUUUAGCAGAAUUUAUGAUUUGGCAUAUUUAUUUAUUAAUUUAUAUGUUUACAAUUUAUAUCACUACACUGAGCCGUAGAUUAUUAUAUAAAAGAUUAUUUUAUCACUUAAACUUCUAAACUUCCAUAAUGUUAUGCGUUUUUAAACGUGAAUAUGUAAUGAAUAUAGAAUAUAAUAAUGUAAGAACUAAUGACUAAUUCCCAUAUGACAUUUUUAGCUUAUUUUAUUCAUAUCUGUUGAAUGGUAUUCAUGAACUUCCAACAAGAGAUAGAGAGAAAUAAAGUUUUGGCAAAAACUGUACCGAAACAUUAAUUAAACGAACUUCCUAGCGAGGAACUAUUGAUGGAUGGAUAGCAUUUUUUCCCCGAAGUCGGAUUGAUCCGGGUCCAGGCUGACUCGGAGUUUGAUUCGGAGUUAUUCCUGAUUUUACGAGUGGGAUAGGGGGGAGGUCAGGAUCUGGACUCGAUCGGACUCGGUUGUGGAGUUGUGGAGUUUAGCCCAGUUUUGGUCCAGAGCCGUCUUCAGUUUUUCAGAUGCGGAGUCGAAGUGCCCUUAGGAAGCAAUACUAGAAUGCUCACAAUCAUACGUUUAUGUUCAUCGAGGGUCGUUAUGUUUCAAAUUACAGAUAGCUUCAAACUCCGGACACACAUCUUGUUUUUAUUUGCCUUAUUUAUAUAAAUGCCAUGCUCUACUAAAAUCAAUUAAAAAUGUAUCUGACCUGUAGGUCCUGAUGUCACAGCCCAAAUAGCCAGCUCGAACUCCAUAGCUGAUUUGCGGCUGUUUAGCGAAAAAUCGUUUUAAUGUCUAACUUUGUGGGUGAUUAAGAGAUGAAACGGUACUUGGUGGAACCAUAAAGCUUUUUAACAAGUACACGGUACUCUUUGGAACCUUUCGGCUUAUUAGUACUAUCUGUACUAAUGUAGGGUGUAAUGUGUAAUGUGUAAAGGGAUCUGUGUAAUGUAGGGUUGAAGAUGGAACUUUAAGGCUUUUUAAGAAUGUGUACCGAACUUGGUGGAACUUUAUAGCUUUUUAAUGCAUGCCAUCGGUACAAGGUGGGUCUUGUCAAAGUUUCAAAGACAGACACCGUCAAUCAUCUCAUUGUUGCUACACAAGUUAGAUUAGUUCUUUGAAGAAAGGAUUUUGAGGGAAGUGAUUGUGAUUGUACA